GACGACUCCCAAAACCGCACGAUCACCCACACACAAACGCCACGAUGUCGGUUCCGUCUCUCGCCCCCUUUGUGAUGAAGCGCCCGUGGUUGCAGCGCUGGUUGAAGCCCAUGUCGAAGUGGUACAUGGACAGCGCUGGAUACAGGAAGUUGGGACUGAGAGCCGACGACCUGAUCCCCGAGGAGAGCCCUGAAGUCCAGCUUGCCCUCAAGCGACUGUCACCAAAGGAGGCCUACGACCGCGUCUUCCGCAUGCGACGAGCUGUGCAGUGCUCUAUCGCGCAUCAAUUGCUUCCGAAGCACGAGUGGACGAAGCCAGAACAGGACUACCCAUACCUUUCGCCAAUCGUCCAGGAGAUCGAGAAGGAGGUCGGCGAGCGCGAGGAUCUUGAGAGCAUGCAGAUCACGAAGCCGAGUGUGAAGAAGUAAGAGCGUGGUUGGACGAGGAAAGUCAGGGGAGAGUGUCACGCACGAUGUGUACAUAUCGCAAAGUGGAGGUUCUGAACCGCCACAGGAUAGUCGUUGGACUGGCAUAGACGGGCGAGAAAGCAAUCGAGUGUAUUACCACCACUUCAGGGAACACUUCAGAGAAUAACUGCGUCGUGGCUUC